GACAAGAGUUGCAUAACCAAAGGGCAAGCAGGCCAAGAUGAUCUCCACGAUCGUGCCCCUCGUCUCCGAGCAAUUCGCCAAUCACCCCGUCCGUUCAAUCCUAGUUCUUGUCCUCCUCACACCCAUCACAUACCUUAUCGCAAAUGAGUAUGUCCGCUACACACGGCGCCUCAAAGGCUUCUCAGGCCCGAAGAACUGGCCUCUCGUCGGCAACAUCCCAGACAUCAAGUACAACGCUGCAGACAGAUACCGCGAAUGGUCCAAGCAAUAUGGCGCAGUCUACCAGAUCCAGCUCGGCAACGAGCCCGUCGUGGUCGUGAACAGUGCUGAAGCGGCGCGCAAGAUCUUUGGCGGCAAUAGUCAGGCAUUGAGCUCAAGGCCCGUGUUUUGGACGUUCCAUAAGGUGUUGUCAAAUACCGCAGGUACGACAAUUGGUACAAGUCCGUUCAACGAUAGCUUGAAGAGGAGGAGAAAGGGCGCUGCAAGUGCGUUGAACAAGCCGAGUAUUGCGACGUACAUUGACCACUUGGAUUUGGAGACGAAGGAUUUCAUCAAGGAUGGUUUUCAGUCUGGCCGUGCAGGCACCGUCGGUGUUGACCCCAUGCCGAUGAUUGAGCGUCUCUCUUUAUCCUUGAGUCUGACGCUUAACUGGGGAACACGUAUGGGCAGCCGCGAAGAUCCAAUGUUUCAUGAGAUCACGGAAGUCGAGGCCGCAAUCAGCAAGUUCAGAUCCACAACUGGCAAUCUGCAGGACUACAUGCCAAUUUUGAGGCUGAACCCCUUCAGUAGCGGCACGAAGAUGGCGAAGGAGUACCGCUUCAGGCGCGAUGCUUACUUGAACCGAUUAAACAAGGACCUUGACGACCGCAUGGAGAAGGGAACGCACAAGCCGUGUAUCCAAGCCAACAUCAUCCAGGACAAAGAAGCUGCGCUCAACAAAGAGGAGCUCACCUCGAUCAGCUUGACCAUGCUCUCCGGCGGUCUGGACACGAUCACCACGCUCGUGCAGUGGAGUGUCGCACUCCUAGCGCAGCGUCCGGAUAUCCAGAACAAGGCUGUUGAAGAGAUCCGCAAGCUCUACUCGGACGAGCAGCCGCUGGCCGAUGCGUACGAUGACCAAAAGUGUGCGUACAUUGUCGCGCUCGUUAGGGAGUGUCUGCGAUUCUACACGGUACUUCGUCUUGCGCUCCCCCGUGCGACGGUCAAAGAUGUGAUCUACGAGGGCAAGCUGAUUCCGGCUGGAAGCACGAUCUACCUCAAUGCGUGGGCGUGCAACAUGGAUCCUGACGUCUGGUCCGACCCCGAGACCUUCCGCCCCGAGCGGUGGCUCGAGCAACCCGACGCGCCACUCUUUACCUACGGCCUCGGAUACCGCAUGUGCGCUGGCUCGCUGCUUGCGAACCGUGAGCUGUACCUUGUCUUCUUGCGCAUGCUGAACAGCUUCGAGAUUGUGAAGGACUCGGAAGUCGAUACGCAUCCUGUGAGGGGAAGCGCGGAUCCAACGAGCUUGGUGUGCAUGUGCAGACACUACAAGGUCAAGUUUGUGCCUAGGAACGAGAGGGCGUUGAGGCAGGCGUUGAAGGAGGCUGAUGAGCGGUUGGCCGAGAAAUGAGCAUCCUGAUGCGCUGAGUCGUGAUUGAAAUUUCCUGUCAAGCACAACGAGGCUCUUCAAAACAAGAUCAAAAGCAGAACAAGUUUAUCGCACGUUUCCAAAUG